AUUUAGCAAUGUCGCGAACGUUCGUGCUUCUUUAUUUAUUAUCAAUAUAUUUACAUUCGGGUGACGGGGCAGCGAAAAGAAUUGUGCGCCAAUUAACCUACACAACCAAAUACGAUAAUUUCGACGUGGAUGCUGUGCUGAAUAAUCAGCGUUUGUUGAGGAGCUACGCCAAUUGUUUGUUGGACAAAGGAUCAUGCACGGCGGAAGGCAAAGAACUGAAAAAGUACAUACCUGACGCUUUGGAGACGGAAUGCAGCAAAUGCAAUGCGGCACAAAAGAGAAUAGCGGAAAGGAUAUUGAGUACUUUGUUACUGAAUUAUCACGAUAUAUGGGAUGAGUUGCUCGCCAAAUAUGAUUCUGAUGGAAUAUUUCUUGCUAAAUACCAAAUACCUGCGGAUUACGACUAUUCAAUUUUGGAUCUUGCAUAGAGGAUUAUUCUAUUUUUGAUUAUUGUUAUUAUUAUUAUUAUUAUUAUUAUUAU